AUCUUCUCCAUCCUAGAGCAGAGAGUGAAGGCUUCUGGGGAGAAAGUUCGAACAACUGAGACACAAGUGCUGGUGGCUACACCUCAAAAACACUUCCUGGCUGCGAGACUGAAGCUCAUCUCCGAGCUGUGGGACGCAGGGAUCAAGGCAGAGAUGCUGUACAAGAAGGAUCCGAAACUGCUGAAGCAGCUGCAGUAUUGUGAGGACACGGGGAUCCCCCUUGCUGCCAUUGUGGGGGAGCAAGAGCUGACAGAUGGAGUUGUCAAGCUGCGAGAUGUCGCAACAAGAGAGGAGGUUGAUAUCCCAAGAGAAAAGCUUAUUGAUGAGAUCAAAAGAAGGCUGGAGCUCUAA